AUGGGCACAACAACCGACUGUUCUAGAUCCUCCUUUACACUCACAGAACAAUCCUGUCACAUCCUCCCUGCUGAACUCAAUCCAUAUAUUAUAAAGUUUUCUAGAGACAAACCGAAAGAAGUUGCUGAACCAGAUCAUGACAUUAAACCUCAUAAUAUGAGGGGUCACAUUUCACAUUUGCAAUGGAGUAAGACAGAAGAUAUCUGGGCAAGCAAUGACCGUGGUAGACUUGGACUCUUUGAUUCUAGUGGUAAUAAUAAAAAGUGGAUAGAAACUUGUUCCACUUCUUCUGGACAUUUUACUCUAGCGACCGUCGAUAAGGAAGGAGAACAUAUUUAUUGGGGUCAUAAUGAAAAAAUGUUUGUUAAAAGAGACGGUAAGACUAAAUAUGAAAUAGAAACUGGAAAAUGUGAACCAAUAAGUAUAUUUUUCUCGGAUAAAGAGAAAUUAUUUUAUGUCGGAAAAGUUAUAGACAUUGAUGCAAAGAUAUCAAUUUAUAACAUGAAUUGGAAGAAAGAGGAUGACAUUCAUAGAAACGAAGCAGAAAAUAGAAAUUUUUUUCAGUAUCCUGCGUACUUGGUAAAAAACAUCAAUGGCGACCUGUGUGUUUCAGACAAUAAUAGGCGUGUUAUUGUUGUUGAUAACAAUAAGAAAUUGCGAUUUAAGUACAAAGGUUUUGACAAUAACGGAUUCACUCCUUACGGAAUAUGCACGGAUGGUGGGGGACAUAUUCUUAUUGUUGAUUCUAGUUCAAGGUGUAUUCAUAUUGUAAAUAGAGAAGGAACGUUUAUCCGUGGAAUAAAGAUGUCCGCACACUUGAGAGAACCAAGAGGACUCUGCAUAGACAACAGAGGGAAGUGCUAUGUAGGAACCUAUGGUGCAAUAUUUGUGUACAAUUUUUCCUCUGAUGACACACAAACAACAACAGCAAUAACAGCAUCAGAAAAGUAAAGUGAACUUAAUAGCAUAAAGAUUCAUAGCAACGGGGGUUGGGAGAAGGGGGCGCUUGCCCCAUCUCCAAUAUUUCGGAAACCGAUUUUUCCCCUUAAAAUUUACAUACAGAAAAAUCUUCUUCUUUUUAUCACGCAGCAUCAUAAUUCAUAGAGAAGUUUUAAAAUAUGGUUUAACUACCCUUUCUUCCUUUCACGGAUAAUGAUUUUGAGGAUAGCACAAGUUAGUGGUUUUAUUUUAGUCAAUAUGUUGGAAUAGGUCUGCCUAUAAAUUCAGGGUGUUCAUGAAUAUCUGGAGUCGACAAAUCAAAAACAGAAGAAAACCAAAUUAUCAGCACAACACACUAAAACUUUGACCUGAAAUAUUAACUGGUUUUUUUUUUGUUGCAUGUCAUUCUGUCUUAUUUAAUUUAAGGAAUAAGGAAUCAUAUGCAUUCUUUGAGUGUUACUAGUAUGAGGUGAACAAAUGACUUUAUGAUAGAUUUGUUCACACCCGACUGUAUUUGAUCACGUCGUUAUAUCCAAAGAAUGAUCCUUAUUACUGAUAUCUAUAUACUUUUCAACAAUUGUACGAAUAAAUAUUAGAUGAACUGUAUUGGUCUUUAAAUCGAUUCGUAGUGUUAUCACAGACAAAGACACUAGAGAAUAUACAUUGUAGAAAUAAGGAUAUAACACAGAGUGAUUAUACGUAUAAUUUCUUUCAUUUGUUAUGCAGUUAGUUUGAACUACAAAUAUUGUUU